AUGCCAACCUGGAAGAUUUAUACUGGAAAGGAAGAUCCUUUGUCACACCUCAAGUAUUUCGAGAUGCAAAUGGAUCUGCAACGAGUACGAGGAGAUGUAUGUUGCAGAGUUUUUCCUACCACCCUCUCAGAAGCCGCCCAACAAUGGUAUUUCAAGUUGGCGCCCGGAAAGUUCAACUCAUGGAAGGCUUUCUCCUCGGAGUUCCAUGCUCAAUUUUCCUCCUCUCGCCAACUUCUGUUGCACCUAGGAGAUCUGGUCGAAGUAAAGCAAAGACCAGGAGAGCCUCUCCGAGCCUACAUCAACAGAUUCAUGACGGAGGUGACUAAAGUUUCACUAUUAACCGAGGACGGAAAGUUGUCUGCGAUACUUGGGGGCAUUGAAGUCUAUGGUGAGCUUUGGAAGGACAUAAGGAAGAACGCACCAGUCGACUCAAUGAGUGAUUUUCUUGACCGUGCAGAAGGUUUUAUUAAACUUGAAGAGGCUAUUCAGCGAGCAAAAGGUGAACAAAAACUUGGCAAGUCAAAAGCUCCUUCUACUGGGACAUCUGUCUAG